AUGGAGAAUGUGACGACUUUCAAGAGGUCCAUAACAACGGCCACAGAUCCGGAGGCGCAAGGUAGUAGGCACCUUGUAUCCACCGCUGUCGUUUUUUGUUAUUCCUGUGAUGGCUCCGCGGGACCUUUUGCUUGGUCGAUGUUUGUAAAAUACAAGUACAAAUGCAGAUAA